UCAGGCAAGAUGGCGGACGGGGAGGAGGUGACGCUGGACGGGAGGCCGCUGCAUCUGCUGCGGGUGGCGGACCUGAAGGCGGCCCUGGAGCAGCGCGGGCUGGCCAAGAGCGGGCAGAAGAGCGCGCUCGUAAAGCGCCUGCGCGGGGCGCUGAUGCUCGAGAACCUCCAGAAGCACUCGACCCCUCACGCCACUUUCCAGCCCAAUUCCCAGAUGGGCGAGGAGAUGAGCCAGAACAGCUUCAUCAAGGAGUACCUGGAGAAGCAGCAGGAGCUGCUGCAGCAGCGCCUGGAGCGGGAGGCGCGCGAGGCCGAGGCCGAGGGAGCUGGGAAGAGCGGCCCCGCAGCAAAGGAGCAGCAGGAGGAGGAAGGGGAGAGGAAGGCCCCUGCUCCCGCGGGGGGGGGUGAUGAGGAAGAGGAGGACGAGGAGGAGGAGGAGGAGGAGGAAGGGGGGGGCGAGGAAGAGGAGGAGGAGGAGGAGCCUCCUCCUCCCCAGGGGGCCCCCCCCCAGCCGGACCCGGCUCCCCCCGAGCAGGAGCCCCCCCCCAUUGCUCCCCAUGGCGGGGAGGGAGCCCCCAAGAAGGAGGAGGAGGAUGAUGAAGGGGAGGAAGGGGAAGGGGGGGGCCCCCCCCGGCCGCCAUCUUUGUCGCCCCCCCGGCCGCCAUCUUUGUCUCCCCCUCGGCUGCCAUCUUCAGCCUCAUCCCCAGGGAGGAAGGAUGAAGCCGAGGGUGAGGGAGGGGGUGAGAUCCCCGGAGCCCCCGUGGAGCCCCAUAGCGAGGAGCCGCCGGUGCCCAUGGAGCCGGGACCGCCCCCCCCAAGUGGGGGCUCCCCCCCCCCGAGUGCCCCCCCCGAGCGCCCCCCGGACCCUGAGAGCCCCGCCCGGCCCAAGGCCUUCAAGAGGAAGAUCAGCGUCGUCUCGGCCGCCAGGGGGAGCUCGGAAGCGGAGGGCGGGGCCGGGGCGGCGCCGGGGGGCACCCGCAAGCGGCGCUGGGGCAGCAGCACCGGCGCCCCCAAGCGCCCGUCCAUCAGCAUCACCACCGAGAGCCUCAAGAGCCUGAUCCCGGAGAUGAAGGCGGAAGCGGUGGUGGAGCUGCACCCGGAAGAGGAGGAGGAGGAGGAGGAAGAGGAAGAAGAGCGGCCAAUGGAGAUGGAGGAGGAGGAAGGGGGGGGCAAAGGAGGGGGGGGAGGAGGAGGAGGAGGAGGGGGCGUGGCCUCGGGACACGCCCCCUUGCCCCUCCCGCCGCCCCCCCUGCUGGGGCUGCCCCAUCACCACCAUCACCAUCACCUGCACCAUCACCAUGGCAACAACCCCCCCCUCAAGAUCUGCCGCACCGUCACCCAGGAUGUGCCCCCUGAGAACGGCCGUCGUCAUGACAACGACCCCGAGGGCACAGAGGAGGAGGGGAGGAGCCGUGGAGAGGCACCGCCCCCUGCAGGUGCUGGCCCCGCCCCCUCGGCCCAGGCCCCGCCCCCCGCGGAGGGAGCGCCGCCCCCUGCUGGCACGGAGGGGGAAGUGAAGAGAGGGGACCCCCCCCGCCGGGCCCGGGGUGGGGUGGGGCUGGUGCUGCCAGUGGAUGACCCCGUGCGGGCGGGGCCCAACCGCCCCUCCCCCCCCCGCGCCCGCCCCUCCCCCAUCGUGCAUCUCUGCAACCUUGUGCGCCCCUUCACCCUGGGGCAGCUGAAGGAGCUCUUGGGGCGCACGGGGCGGCUGCGAGAGGACGGCUUCUGGAUCGACCGCAUCAAGUCCCACUGCUACGUCACGUACUGCUCCGUGGAGGAGGCCGUGGCCACCCGCAAUGCCCUGCACGGGGUCAAGUGGCCUCAGUCCAACCCCAAAGUGCUGGUUGCUGACUUUGCCGAGCAGGAGGAGCUCGACUUCCACCGGGGGCUGCUCCCGGAUCGCCUGGAGGGGGGAGAGGAGCCCCCCCCGGGGUCAUGCCCCCAAGGCCGGGGGGCGUGUCCAGGGGGCGUGUCCGGGCCGGGCCGCAGCCAAUCACAGUGGGCGGAGCGGGAGCGGGAGAUGGAGCGGCGGGAGCGGGCGCGGGGGGAGCGGGAGUGGGACCGGGACAAGGGCGCUGUCCCGGCGGCCCCGCCCCCGACCUCCGCAGGCCCCGCCCCCUCCAGCCCGGGACACGCCCCCUCGGCCGGGGGGACACGCCCCCUGGGCGCCGGACACGCCCCCUCGGCGCGGGAGCCCCGCCCCCGGCACCGGCAGCCAAUGGCAGAGAAGGACAGGGCGGGGCGGGGCUCCAGGGAGGGGCGGGGGGAAAAGAAAGAGAAGCCCCCCGAGGAGCCCCCCGCCAAGCUGCUCGAUGACCUCUUCCGCAAGACCAAGGCAGCGCCCUGCAUCUAUUGGCUGCCGCUGACCGACACCCAGUUCGUGCAGAAGCAGGCCGAGCGAGCCGCCCGGGCCCGGGAGCGGGAGCGCCGCCGCAAGGAGCAGGAGGAGGAGGAGCAGCG